AUGGGAAGAGCUCCAUGUUGUGACAAAGCUAACGUGAAAAGAGGGCCAUGGUCUCCUGAAGAAGAUGAAACCCUCAAAAACUAUCUCAAGAAACAUGGCACAGGUGGUAAUUGGAUAGCUCUCCCACAAAAAGCAGGCCUUAAGCGCUGUGGGAAGAGUUGUCGUCUGAGAUGGCUGAACUAUCUAAGGCCUCAUAUCAAGCAUGGAGGUUUCACUGAGGAGGAAGAUAAAGUUAUCUGCACCCUUUAUGCUAACAUCGGAAGCAGGUGGUCUCUUAUAGCUGCUCAAUUACCUGGGAGAACGGACAAUGAUGUGAAAAACCACUGGAACACUAAGUUGAAGAAAAAGUUUUUUGCAACAAACACCAAUGCCACUGGGAACACUGGUUCUUCACAAUUCUCAACUUUCACUCCUCAGCCUCAAGUUGAAGCCUUUGUCUUUGAUCAUAAGAACUCUGCUGAUGAUCACUCCCAAUAUGUUUUAGGUUUGGAGCAAACACCAAUUACAGUUCCUUUAUCAAUGCCUUUGGAAUCGGACGUUUCAGGUCUUGGAAGCAGCAUGAGUAACACUUGUGGUAUACCACUCGCCAAGGAAGUUUCAGUUCUUUCAAAUUCAACUUCCUUGGCCAAGGAGAAUGAUAUUGAUACCCAAUGGUUUGGGUAUUAUGACCAUGAAGGUGAAGAUGAAUCAAUUUUACUUGAUUUUGUGUUUGAAGAUCUCCUGCAAAAUGGGUUUGCUUCUCAAGAUAAAAGCAGCCAACUUGCCCCAUCAUCUGGCUAGUAGCCAAGGCUCUCUCUAUAGCCAUCAAAAGCUUCAAAAAACAACAUCAUGGUUUCCGAACAAAAAAAGAAGAAGAAGAAGAAAAAUUGAAGUAA